GGCGGGCGGGCGGCGGGCCCUUCCGGCGGGCUCCGGCGGCUGCCAGCGCCCGGCCCGGCCCCGCCGCCGCCUCCUCCUCCACCUCCUCCUCCCCCACUCGCCGCUCGCUGCCGCUCGGCGCCUCCAUCCUGGUACUUCGGAGUCUCCAUCCUGGUUUCUCAAGUGCCCGGACCCAAAACAGGAAGUUUGAGUAUGAGCACAGUUGAAGAAGAGUCUGACACAGUGACAGUAGAAACCGUGAACUCUGUGACUUUGACCCAGGACACUGAAGGGAACCUUAUACUUCAUUGCCCUCAAAACGAAGCUGAUGAAGUAGACUCUGAAGACAGCACUGAACCUCCACACAAGAGGCUUUGUUUAUCAGAGGAUGAUCAGAGUCUUGAUGACUCCACUCCGUGCAUUUCUGUUGUUGCAGUUCCAAUUUCAGAAAAUGAUCAGAGCUUUGAGGUGACCAUGACUGCUACCACUGAGGUAGCUGAAGAUGAGAUUAAUGAAGGAACUGUUACUCAGAUUCAGAUUCUUCAGAAUGAACAGCUGGAUGAAAUUUCCCCAAUGGGCAAUGAAGAAGUGUCAGCUGUUAGUCAAGCCUGGUUCACAACCAAAGAGGAUAAGGAUUCUCUAACAAAUAAAGGCCAUAAGUGGAAGCAAGGGAUGUGGUCGAAGGAAGAAAUUGACAUUUUGAUGAGUAACAUUGAACGUUAUUUAAAGGCCCGUGGAAUAAAAGAUGCCACUGAAAUUAUAUUUGAAAUGUCAAAAGAUGAAAGAAAAGAUUUCUACAGGACAAUAGCUUGGGGUUUGAAUAGGCCUCUCUUUGCUGUUUAUAGAAGAGUUCUUCGCAUGUAUGAUGACAGAAACCAUGUUGGAAAGUAUACACCUGAGGAAAUUGAAAAGCUCAAAGAACUGAGAAUAAAGCAUGGUAACGAUUGGGCCACAAUAGGAGCUGCACUGGGGAGAAGUGCUUCAUCUGUAAAAGAUCGAUGUAGAUUGAUGAAGGACACCUGCAACACAGGGAAGUGGACAGAAGAAGAAGAAAAAAGACUUGCAGAAGUAGUGCAUGAGCUAACUAGCACAGAACCAGGUGACAUUGUCACACAAGGUGUAUCGUGGGCUGCCGUAGCAGAACGGGUUGGAACACGCUCUGAAAAGCAAUGCCGCUCUAAGUGGCUCAACUAUCUCAACUGGAAACAAAGUGGGGGAACUGAGUGGACCAAGGAAGAUGAAAUAAAUCUGAUAUUGAGGAUAGCGGAACUUGAAGUUUCCGAUGAAAAUGACAUCAAUUGGGAUUUACUAGCUGAAGGAUGGACUAGUGUCCGCUCACCACAGUGGCUUCGGAGCAAAUGGUGGACCAUUAAAAGACAGAUUGCAAACCACAAAGACGUUUCAUUCCCUGUGCUAAUAAAGGGUCUUAAACAACUUCAUGAGAAUCAAAAAAACAAUCCAGGGCACCAGCUUUCGGAGAACAAGUCUGGAAGUGGAUUACCAAACACUAAUUCCAGUUCGGGCGUUCAGCACGUACAGAUUCGAGUGGCUCGCCUAGAGGAGAAUGCAGGCAACACACCAAGCCCGGUGGCAGCUUUGCAAAUUCCAGUCCAGAUUACGCAUGUCUCCUCAACUGAUUCCCCUGCUGCUGCUGUUGACUCUGAGACAAUAACACUAAAUAGUGGAACGCUACAGACCUUUGAGAUUCUUCCAUCCUUCCAUCUCCAGCCCACCGGAACGCCAGGUACAUACCUACUACAGACAAGCUCAAGCCAAGGCCUUCCUUUAACACUGACAACUAGUCCUACCAUGACCCUAACAGCUGCUGCCGCUCCAGCCUCCCCAGAGCAGAUCAUAGUUCAUGCCUUAUCUCCAGAGCACUUGUUAAAUACAAGUGACAAUGUCACAGUGCAGUGCCACACGCCAAGUGUCAUAAUCCGCACCGUUGCUGCUGAAGAUAUCUCCUCCUCUGUCACUCAGGCAGAACUUACUGUUGAUUCAGACAUUCAGUCAGCUGACUUGACAGAUCCUCCCGACACCUUAGAAGCAAAUAGUUUCCCAGAUGAUAUCCACCAGUCCAAGCUGAGUGAUGAAGAGCAGUCAGCCUACAACGAAGAUGAUGCCUCCAAAUUUAGUGGCAGGAAUAGUAAUGAACUGAUGGAUGGGGUUAUGGUAAGAACUGAAGAGGAGAUUUCAGAGGCCAGCCUGAAGCAAGAGGAGGAUUCUCACACUGAUUUAACCAGCACUUAUGUCACUGAGGACCUGGGUUCCCCAACAAUAGAAGAACAAGUUGAUCAGCCUACAAUAGAUGAUGAGACUGUCCUUAUUGUUCCUUCUUCCCAUGGUUUUAUUCAGACAUCGGAUGAUAUAGACAACGAAUCAGUCUUGCCCCUGACAACCCUAACAGAUCCUAUCCUACAGCAUCAUGGAGAUGGGUCACACAUUAUUGGCUCAUCACUGGGCAGUCCUGAUUCAGAAGAUUCAAAGGAUGUUGAAGAUUUAGUGAGCUGUCACUGAGAAGCAGUAAAUUGUGUCCAUUUUUCUAUUGACCAUGUUCGCAUUGUGAAAUUAGUAACAACUUUGUGCCACAUUUCCAAAGAAAGCAGUCAGUCCAUGUCUUUAAACCAAGAUUUACCGUUUGAAAGGACUACAGUGCACUUUUUCUGCUCAGGCUAUUUACCUCACUUGGAAAGGGUUACAGAGCAGCCAACCGAAGCCCAGUUUACUACUUUUCAGCCAAGGUGUUUGAGUUUUAAAGAAUCUCUGUUGCAGUGCUCACUGCUAGGAUCCACGUGGUCAAUUUUGAUCAGACUUGUUAUUAGUGUGCUGAACUGCAUAUCUUGAAAACUGGACAGAAGCCAAGGAUUGUGGACCGUAGCCUCUUAGUGCCGCAGCAAGAAUUAGUUUGCACAUGUUUCAUGAAGAAUGGGUGAGGAUUUCUGCACUUACUGACUCUUGUAACAUAUGGAGUAAGAGACUGUUACAUUUCAGGAAGAAAUGUAUUCCAUCAGAGACUUCAGGGAGCAUGGGCAGCCUCAUAAAGAAAUGGUCUGUAUUCCCAUCUCAUCUGGUUUGUCAGUACUUCUGCACCGGAGGACUCAACUCACAGAUGCGUAUGGGGUUUUCCUGCUCUGCUUGUUCCUGAAGAGUCCAUUGCUGGCAGUGGAUACAGUUCAGAAACAACAGUUGUGAAAAGUCUUUUUUUUUUUUUUUUCUUUCGUCACUACAGCAAGCUGAAUAAAAAGGGAAGGUCUAUGAGAAAGGGAAACUACUGGGACCCACCAGCAUCGCCCAAAAGCUUGUAACUUUGGAAGGUUUUUAGCAAAUAAGAUAGAAACGUGUGUCCGUCUCGCUGUUUACAUUACACUACCAGCCACCUCUCUAGAGGUGAAUUAUGCAGCAAGUUACUAGAUGGGGGAUGGUGUGGAGGUGGCCUAGUCUUGGAGAAAUAGCUCUGGGAGGACUCGGGCAUAGGGCCCUAAGGCAAAGGAAAUGAAUUAAUCCCUACAUUCAAGGGCUGAAACAGACACUAGGCUGAGCAGCGUGUUAGCUAGGGUUUGGGAGAAAAAACUAUAGAAACUAAAGACUCAUGUAUAAAUUAUUUUAUUUAUUUCUGUAAUUAGCUCUUCAUAAUCAGAGUUGGUCUUUUUCAGUCUGUGGUUUUGUUAAUGUGAAAAAUAAGUUGUAGUUUCAAAUGGUUGCCUAGGGAACAGAAAUAAUUGUAUAUUCAGUUUAAACAAAAUAAAGAGUAUUUGUCUUA